AUGGACGGCGCGACGGACGGCGCGUGGACGAUCGCACGUCCACGCGCGCGGCGGCUGGGGAAUCACGCGCGAUGGAGGCGACGAGGACGCGCGCGACGCGCCAUCGUGCCGGAACGCGACGGUGAGACGGCGCGUGAACGCGCGUGGCGACCGAGCGAGGACGAGGGGGGGGCGGGGGUGAGGGCGGGGGACGGGACGGGGAUUCGGACGGCGGCGGCGGCGGCGGCGAAGCGGUCGGCGCGGGCGAUGCGGACGCGGCGAAUGGACGCGGAGGCGGCGCGACGGACGGUGGGGAUGGAUGAUGACGCGCGUGCGGUCGACGAGGGGUCGGCGUGGACGAUUGGGGGGGUGGAUGACGCGGACGCGGAGGCGGCGGCGCGCGGGGCGCACGCGGAGGCGACGCGCGCGGGAGAUUUGGAGCGCGCGGUUCGGGCGCUCGCGGCGUGCGCGAGGGAGCGGGAGAGCGCUGGGAGACCGAGAGCGAUCGUCGGACCGAGGUUGGCGUCGACGCUCGCGAGUGGGCAUAAAGGGUUCGUGGACGCGUGCGCGAGGCAACGAAGGAUGGACGUGGCGCUGCGGUACGCGAGGCUCUUCGACGCCGAUAAAGCUGCGUCCGACGGGGAACCGGAUUUGUUUUGCGCCGUGAUCAACGCGUGCGGACGGGCGAAGGAUUGGGCGGUCGCCAGGGAGGCUUUCGAUCUGCGACGCACCGAGGCUGGCUUAGCUCCGGAUCCGUUCGCGUACAGCGCCCUGGUGAGUAGCGCGGCGAAGUGCGGGAACUACGUCGCGGCUAGGGAGGCAUUCGAGGAAGCGAACGCUGCGCACGCGGUGGAUACCGUGGUGUACAACGCGUUCAUAGACGCGUGUGCGAGUAGGGGUGACUACGAAGGCGCGCGCGCGACGCUCGAGCGCAUGAAAACCACCGCCAACGUCAAGCCAAACAUUCGAUCGUACAACGGCGUUAUCUCCGCGUCGACGCGGAGGAAACAUUUCUCAGGGGCACUGGCGGCUUGGGAGGAGCUUCAGCUCGCGAAAUUAGCGCCGACGAUCAUCACGUACGGCGCCAUGCUCGCGGCGGGCGCGGCGACGGACGACGUGGACGUUGCGUGGUCCGAAGAGUUGUUCGCCGACGCGCUUCAAUCUGGCGCGUGCGGACGCGCUGGUAACGAUCACAUGGUUUCUUCACUCAUCUCUGCCUACGCACGGGGGGUUGUUAGAAAGCAGAUCGAUAAGAAGACUGCGCUCGAGCGCGCGGAGGCGAUCGUACGUUUACUCAGCGAAGAUGCCGCUUCGGACGAUCGUCGCGCAAAGGCGUCUCCAAACGCUCGAGUGUGGUGCGCACUCAUCACACUCUGCGCUCGAUGCGGACAACCGGGACGCGCGAUCGAAGUUUUGAAAAUCAUGAACGCCCGCGGUGGAGCGUCAAAUGCGGAGUCGGAUAGGUACUUGAUGUACGCCAUGACGUCAGCGCUGGAGGCUUCGAAGGAGGGUGACGAACAUUUCGGGAAGAUGCAGCGCAUCAUUUCUCAGAGCCCAACGGGCGUUCGAGAGUCAACGGGCGUGCGAAACGCCCUGAUCUCGACGCACCUGCACUUUGGCGACUUCAAGAGUGCUUUCGCGCUGUACGCCAAGUUCAAGUCGGACGUUCAGUCUUGUCGUCGUGAGACGAACGCUCGAGCGCGUCGCGCGCUGGAGAGUCAGCUCCCGGAUACCAUCACCUUCAACACGCUCAUCCACGCGUGCGCCUCCAACGGAGAAGACGGCAAGGCGAUGGAGCUGUACCGAGACAUGCUCGCGAACGGCGUUCCACCGUCGCUUCGAACGUACGUGAGUCUGAUCGUCUCUCUCAGUCGGUCCAAGAGGGGUAGUCAAGUGGAGGAAGCGGAGAGACUGUUCGAUGUCGCCAUCGAGGAUGGCGUCGAACCGAAUGAGUUUUUGUUCACGUCUCUCAUGGACGCGCAGGUGAAAGCGAAUCGUCCGUUCGCAGCAUUCGACACGUAUGAGCGCAUGCGUGAGGCCGACGUGAGCCGAACCACAGUGACGUACGGGUGCGCGUUGCAGGCGUGCUAUUACGUCGAUGACGAAGAGGACGGUGUCGAGCGUGCUUACGCCAUAUUGCGCGACAUGACGGAAAGCGGCGUGCAGAUGAACGACUGGUGCUCCAACACCUUCCUUCGCGUCAUAUCUCGCGCCGGGCGCAUCGAGGAAAUGCUCGAAGAGGUUAAGAAGAUUGUUCGCCGAAAAGGUAUGCUGGAACAAGAGACAUUCGAGGCCAUCAUUCGCGCUCUGUGUCUCGAGGGAUACGUCGGUCGUGCUAAUCGCUUCAUGUCCAUGAUGGACUCGCGAGGCCUGGUCCCGAGUGAGCACACGUUCAAGGAAUUCAUCGUCGCGUGCAGUCGCGACGGCUCUGUGGAAAUCGCGUGGGAUUCUUACAAGCGGUUCGCCCGUCUCGGGUACAAGCUCGACGUCAACACACGAUCUUCUCUCAUCGUCGUCCUGAGCGUCGGAUCGAUGAGCGGCUUCGAAGGCGACGAAAACGGAGAGGUCUUACUUGCUCGAGCCAUCGCGGUGUUCGAGGCGGCGAUGAAACAUGAGAAUGAUGAUGUCAUCGAUGACGAGGCUCGAUGCGCGCUCAUCGUCGCCAUGGCGCGAAAUGAAAAACUCGAAUCCGCGUUGGCUGUCUGGCGCGAAUCUCACGGGCGCGCGCUCGUCGUCAAGUCGAGACGUCACACCUCGAACGAAGGUGAGGACUACAUCGGCGAGGUGCGUGCCAUGUACGAAUCGCUCAUCGAAGUGUGUUGCCACCAAGAUCGCAUCGACGAAGCGCUCGAAGUGUUUGAUGAGCUCAAGGACGCGGGUGUUCGCGUGAGCACAGUUACGCUCGCCUUUUUGGAGUCGUCCUGCCGAAGGAGCCGCGUCGAGGAGUAUCGUGUCUUUGACGUGUGCGCGCAGAUGCGCGCGCAGGUAGAUCAAAAACGCAAUGGACGCUUGGUCAAGCCUACAAAGACAAGCCACCACGUCCGCGCCGACGGUGUGUCCGAUAUCGCGGCCGAACUCGCGACGGACGGCUUGGGCGGCGAUGUGAAGAAAUCCACGUGGAGAAAACCGACAUGA